GUUAAGGAGUGCUAUAUUUGGGUCAUUGACAUUACAUUUGCUACUGUGUGUGAAGUCAGAAGAAAAAGACGAAAUGGCUACAAGGAUAAUAUAUAUAAUUCUGCUUAAAUGUGUUGUUUUAUUUUCUUGUGUGUACUGUGUACACGGAUAUAUGAACCUGUUCAUCAGUCCAGCCGAAGUUAAAAGAUUAGUUGGUGUUUCAGCAGAGCUGUAUUAUAUCCGAGAAGGGAAGAUCAACCGUGCAGCCACAAACUAUCCUUUAGCAGUCCCAACAGGAAUAAAUAAACUAUAUUACACAUGGUACAGUGAGAGGCAGGUUUAUUAUUCAAUGUCUGUGAAGUCCAAGAAUCCAAGGAUUUUAUAUCAUCCAAGCUUGAACAUCACAAAGGAUGGGAAAGUUCCUGUCAUAAAAACAGUGUUUGAGAUGCAACUAGAAUGCACAGGCCAUGAAGGAGGCGAAGCAAUCAUCGAACUUCAAGUCAACCUUACGUUAUACUCAGCCAGCAAUAUCACCACACUCAAUACCAUUAGAACCAAAUUGUGCCAAGGAAUUCCAGGAAGUGUUCCAAUUCGACCCAGAGAUCCCAUUGAGAGAGAGGAUCACAGACCAAUGACUAACAACUCACAUUUAGUCACCGAGUCAAAGGUGAAAGCUGUCACAUCUACCAGUGUGUUCUACAUAGCAGUAGGAGUGGUGUGCGGUAUCAUCAUGCUGUUUGUGUUGGUGGUAGCACUCAUCCACGUCAAAACAAUGAGAUCAUCUGAUCCAGCAAGUAGUGACGCGAGUAGUACUGGAUUGAUCAACGGAGGCAGGCAACCGGAGCACCCCAAUUUCCCCAAGAUACAGGAGCCAAAGGUCAACGGACUUUCCAAUGGAAAUGGUUACAACUCACUUCAAUAUCAGAUCUGUCCUUCAGUAGCAGAAGCAGAAGACUUGAGAUUGAAAUUAGCUCCGUAUGCCAUUGAGAGAAGUAGAAUCACUCUUGGUGAAGUUUUGCAAGAAGGGACAUUCGGUCGCGUUCACCAGGGUGUCUUAAUCAGUCCAGCAGGAGACUCAGAAAAGGAUGUUUUCAUCAAGACAGUAACAGAUGAUUCGUCAGAGGAACAGCGCCACCUGUUGGUGAAAGAGAGCUGUCUCCUGCAGGGUCUAAGUCAUAAGAACAUCUUACCGCUGCUUCAUGUGUGUUUCUCCGAUCCUCCCUUCAUCCUGGAGUCGUUUAUGAAGCUUGGAAACCUGAAGCAGUUUCUCAAGGAUGGACGUAUCGGCCCAGGAGACAAACACCAGGCAAUAUCAACUCGGGAUCUAGUUCACCUUGCCAUUCAGAUCACACAUGGUAUGAUGUACCUGGGUAAAAAGAGACUCGUUCAUAAAGACCUCGCUACUAGGAAUUGUGUAAUUGAUGAGGAUUAUAACUUGAAGAUCACGGACAAUGCUUUGGCAAGAGAUCUCUUUCCGAGUGACUAUCAUUGUUUGGGAGAUAAUGAGAACAGGCCCGUUAAGUGGAUGGCUGUAGAAUCUCUAGUUCAUAAGAACUUUUCACAUGCUAGUGAUGUGUGGUCAUUUGGAGUGACCCUUUGGGAGCUGGUCACCUUGGGUCAGACGCCGUACAUGGACCUUGACCCCUUUGAGAUGGCCACUUUCUUGAAGAGCGGUUACCGCAUGCCUCAGCCACCAAGCUGUCCUGAUGAACUCUUCAAUCUGAUGGCCUGUUGCUGGGCUCUCAUGCCUCAGGACAGACCAAAGUUCAGUCAGCUGUGCGCUGCCCUUACAGACUUCCAUCGCACCCUCGGCAUCUACAUCUAAGCAUCCCAGCUGCCUCUCGUCGGAACUCUGAAGCAUUGUUCAGACGUGGCACUAUCAACGCAACAAUCCUGGUACAUGUAUACAAAGCGUUUGAUCUGUGAGUAUUCCAACAAAUUUGCGGAGACAAGGGAACAACUCUUCUUGCCUGGGUUUUAUCAUUGUGGACCAAUCAUCUUAGGAAGUUGCAACGCACAAGGUGUGCAAAGCCAUUCAUCCGUGAAAUGACCAAAACAAAGUUGCAGAUUAAAGAAGCAUUUUCUUCUUAACUGGCUAUUUGAAUUGUGCAUCAAUUUUAAGAAAGUUUGUGCCAACUUGAGAGUUUGUAAAGACAUGUGGCCUAUUGGCUGUUUAAACCUUGUUUCUAAAAAUUUAGAUAGAAGAGAGCUAAAAAAAAAGCUUGAUUGUAGAGUUGUGACCUUAGUAUGUCACCCCUUUUUUCCAGAAAAAAAUCUCUGGAGAUAUUAAGAGACUGUUUUCAGACAUUGUGAGGUUACCGCCUUUGUCAUAAUUCUAAAUUGCAGAUUUUUCUGACCUGUUCUCAAAGUGUUUGAAUUUCAAGAUGCAAGGUUUCAACAGCACACAGGAUGAUGUCUGAAUGCACUAAUGUUUUAUUCGUACAUUACAAAGGAUUGCCGUGCAGUGUCUGAACAGAGCAUUAUAGAAUGUAGAUCCUAAGGUGGAUCCCUUCCAGUAACUUCUAUGUGUGCAGAGCUUCUAGUGAUGCUUGUAAAAUGAGAGUAGUGUAUGCAAAUGGUCUGUUGUUCCGUGCGCAGUAGACAAGAUAGCAUUUGACCGCUUCAAGUAUUUCUCUGCUGUCAUUAACAUGUUGUAGAAAGAGAGACAUUCAUGUAUAGCUAUGUGUAGACCAAAGUCUGAUCAUCUAUUUGUAUUCAGCGACAACUCUUUGUAUUUUCAUGUUAUAACUACAACAAUAUAAAUGCAAACGGUAUUGAGUCACAGAAUGUCUUGAUAAUUGCUAUUAACUGCAACAUAGACUAUCGUUUUCAUUAUUGUGUGGAUAGAAUAGAAAGACAACUUUACAAUGUACUUGCUUCUAUUGCUUAUUGCAUGUUUUUAUCCGUCUUCAAUUCCUAUUGCCCUUUCGAAUUCAUUCACAAAACAUACUUGAUGAUAAUGAAAUGUGAUUUUUUUUAUAUAUAUAAAGGGUAGAGAUUAUUCAUCUUAAUAAUUUGUCAUGAAUGGGAAUAUUUGAUUUAACAAAUCAUUUAUGCUUGUAUUCAAAUUAAAUGUUGAUUUUAAAAAUGUUAAUGAUAUGUGUAAAGCCAAAUGGGAAAUUCAUGCUAACUAUCAUAUUUUACUAGAAAAAUGUCAGUACUGUUUUUUUUUUCAUACAAUACUUGCCCUUGCCCUACAGUAUAAUGUAUUUUCAAAACUCUAAAUUUUUCUAAAUUUCAUUAUUCUCAGGAUUGUUUGUUUAUACGUUUAAGAUUUUAAAGUCAAAUCUAAAAGUUAAAAUCAUGGCCUGGUGAAUAUAUUUUUUCAUUUAAGGUUAGUUGAAAUUAUCUGUGCUUUUUGACGUCAUUUCUCCCUCUAUGCAUUUUAUAUUCUUAAUCUAAAUAGUCCACAACGGUUUUAGAAAAGGACCGUGUGGAUAUUUGUUUGUUACAAAGGGAAUGUCUGUCUUUCCUUCACUGUGCAGUUAAUUUGUUUGUAAAUAUUGUGAUAAUUCUUUUGGUGCUUUAAUUUCCUUAUGUUUUAUUUUUUUGCUAUUAUUGUAAUGUGUUUCCACUGACCUUGCUUUAUAUAUGCAGUAAAUGCAUGUACAUGUAUAAUAUUGUAGUACUACUUGUACAUGAAAUACUAUUUUGUAGAAUUGGAUUGUUAGAUAAUUCAUUAUGACUGACAUUAUUAACCCUUUACCAAAAACUUUAGAAUACUUAAAAAAAAACUGAAGCAAAUUAACACAGUAUGAAUCAAUAUUAAACAGGGUAGAGUACUUAUUUCUUUGUGAUAGAAAAACUUGGAUUAUUUGUCAUCAUGACACCUGUAAAUAAUGCUGAUUUUGUAAUACUAAAGUGUUUUCUUAUUAUGAUAAAAAAAAGCAGUCAUUGUAGAAGUGUUAUACAAGCACAUGUACAUCUGUAAAUCUCAAUGGUAAUAAUGCGCAAAGUUUUUAUAGUACUGUUGUCUGUUGGUAGUAUAAUACAAAUAGAUAUAUAAACAGGUUGAGGACUUUUUUGUGAUACAUACAAAUCAUUGCCAAGUGAAUUCAAAGUUGUAGGAGUACAAAAAGUAAUAAACAUAUCACAAUUUAUAAGUACAUGCAGUACCUCUCUGCAAAGCAUCGGGUGCGACCAUGAAGAAAAUGCUAUCAUUUUUUUCAAAUAUAAUGUGAAUGAUAUUGGACAUUUAUGGGUAUGAUAUUUAUAAAAUACUGAUUUAAAGAACUGAUUUAUAGAUGGCGCUUCAUGCAACGCUUGUGCAUAUCCCAUAGGAGGAGCAAUGAUAGCAUCAAAGUAAAUUCGCACAAUUUUAAGGAAACCUCACUCACGUCUGUGUGUGCAUUGCCUCUUCACUGUAUGUAGAUUCAGUCAUGAAUGAUUAUGCAAAGUGCGUAUUGAAAUAACUCAAACUUGUUUAGUUUCUCAUUUUGACGAGUUCUCUUUAUGAAAAUAUUGAUAGAUUUCUUCCAUUAUUACCGGUAAUACAAAUAAUGAGGAUAACAUUUAUCAGUGGUAUGCGUGAUUGGCAGAAAAAAACUCUUUCAUAGAGAAGGUUUAUUAUUUCAUUCAUAAAAUACAUUCAUAUAUCAAUUCAUUAAAAAAUGCAUAUUAAACAGUAAAAAUACUUUGCUAUGUUUCAUGUAUUCAGGUGGGUUACUAAACUCCAUUAAUUUCCGAGG